CCUUGCCAUCCAAAUCCCACGCCUCGCCACGACCGCUGAUGAUGAGCAUGCACGCAGGCGAAGACGGCGUGUCCCUGCAACAGUCAGAACAGCAGCCGACGGCCGAAGAGGAUGUCCAGACGGCGCCUGUAGCCUUGGAAACACACCUCGAGUCGGCCAGCGUCCCCCUCGGUGCCGCCGAAGCUGCCUCGACGGCAUUUACUGAUGCGGACACGGCAUCUCUCGAUGAGCUCAGGCAGAAGGUCUUUGAUGCGCGAGGAAGUCGCAGUGAGCUUCCGCCAGGGUUUAGCGAUGAGGCGAGGUUGCCUAACCACGACGCUGGCCCCCUCGGCCUUAACAACAAUGCGGACUCGGACUCGGACUCGGACUCAGGCUCAGACUCAUCGUCAUCCUCUUCAUCAUCAUCAUCCUCCUCCUCCUCCUCCUCCGACGACGACGCGGUCAUGGCCACGCAUCCCCUCUCCCGCGUAGCAGGCUCAGACGCAGGCGGUGACGAUGAGGACGACGAUGAUGGCGGCGCUGCUGGCGGCUCUCGUGGCCCAAUGUCAAAGAAUGAGCUUCAGCACGCCGACGCGGGGAAGCUGCUUGGCGAUCUGCCAUUCCAAGAGGUUCCCACUGAGCUCAUUGCGACAAUCUCCCCGCUUGGCAAAGUGCAUGGCGCAGUCGAUGACGUGCUCGUAAUCGCCCAGUUCGAAGAGAAGCAGAAUGCGCAGCGCAAUGAGCGCUCUGGCCCCGUGCUUGACUCGGGCUCGCUCCUCUGCACACCGCAAGGCAGGGUCAUUGGCUUCGUAUUUGAGACCUUUGGCUCUCUCCUCGCACCCCUCUACUCUGUCCUCUUGCCAUCGGCGGCGGCAACCAAGGAGUAUGCGACAGACAGCGACGUCUAUUUCCUGCCCUCCCACAGCACCCUUCUACGACCUGCUGAGUUGCGCGCUCGUCAGGGCAAGGCCAGCGACGCAUCCAACGUCUACGAUGAGGAGCCUAACGAGUGGGAGGUCGACGCAAUGGAGUUCAGCGACGACGAAGAGGAGCAAGAGUGGAAGAGGAGAAUGAAAGACAAGAAGCGGGCCAACAAGCGUGGACUUGAAGUGGCCGGUGGCGAUGCAGAUGGUGUCUCGGGCGGUAUCCGAGGAGGCAGAGGUGGAAGAGGAGGCGCUCGUGGGCGCGGCAGGGGUAAUGCAGCUGCGGGACCAUCGCGAGGUGGCGGGCGAGCUGCGGCUACUCCGGCGGGACUCCCACAACGGCCCAACUGGCAGCUUGAUGACGACGUUGGCGGAGCACAAACGCCGGCACAGCUCUCGUAUGAAGACGACGAUAGCAGAACCGCCAGCAGCGCGGCAAGCGGGAGUGUAGAAGCCAAGCCUCUCGCUCGCGCACCGCAGAGCGCAGGCCUGCCGGCCAACCCGCUCGCCAACGUACCGAAUGCGGUGUACGGCGAAGCUCCUCCACCCGGCGCACACAUCAAUCCGCUCUUUGCCCAUCGAUGGCAGCCGGUCCAAGAUCAAACGCCGCAGCCGCAAGCGUACUCAACAUACCCUCAGCAAAGCGCGCCGCCUCAGCAGCAGUACUACCCGCAACAAGCGUACUAUCAGCCGCAACAGCACGGCUACUCUCAGGCCUACCAGAAUGCGACAUCCUACUGGCCGCCCCAUCAGUCGCAGCAGGCAUACGACCCUUCGCAGCCCUAUGCCGCGCAGCAGCCGCAACAGUGGCCACAGUAUCCGUACUACCCACAACAACAGCACCCUCCGCCGUCUUGAAUGCUCAUGCUGUGUCUUGUUCGUAGUCAAUUAUCGCAAUGUCACGACACUCGGCUCUAUUUGGAGACUCUUGUGAAGCUACGCUCAUCCUCGACCGCAGCGUUCUCGAUGACUCGCUGCACGAGUCAUCCGACAGCGGCGUAGGCUCUGCAAGAUACAGGACGAGAUGACUGCACAAUCAGGGGAGGUCCAGCUGAUGGGUUCGUGAAGCUCAGGAAAGCCGAGACGAGGACGUGGACUGCAGUGCGCGCCGCGCAUCAGCGGUCGGCAGGAGUUCGUCACGCUGCGGGUCGCGUCCCGCAGCUCAGGUCAUCGAAGGACACGUCCGCCACAAAUGCUCUAGAUUUGCCUUUGCAACAUCGUGCUGGCGUGUGUAAACGUCCGGAAACGACGUCUCACCACGAUGUCGUGG